CAUUGACACUAUCUGGAAGCCGACCAGUGUUGUUUUGGUUUGAGAGGGAGAUAGGACAACACAGCCAUCUAAAACAUUUUUUAAAUCGCAGAUAUGGUUUGUGACAAGUGUCAAAAGAAAUUAGGCAAGGUGAUCACUCCAGACCCAUGGAAAUCUGGUGCAAGGAAUACAGUCGAAAGUGGUGGAAGAACUGUUAAUGAAAACAAACUACUCACUUCAAAGAAAGCAAGAUUUAAACCAUAUAUGCGGUUUGAAAAGUGCCGUAUCUGCAAGCAGUCUGUUCAUCAAGUUGGUUCACAUUAUUGCCAGGGCUGUGCAUAUAAAAAAGGUAUCUGUGCUAUGUGCGGAAAGAAAAUAUUGGAAACUAAAGACUACAAACAAACAUCUGUUUAAUAACUGCUUUAGUUUUACUGUAAUUUAAAAUACAAAUGUACUGUGAAGCCUGUCCAAAUAGAACACUUGAAGGGACUAAGAAAAUUGUAUGGUUUUUACAGAAGUGUUAAGUUUACAGUUACAAGACUUUGGUUCUGAAACAUUACACUGUAAAAACAUGAUCUUUGAAGGGGAUUCUCUACAAGAAUAGCAAUAGAACUGUUCAUUAAGGUGGUCACUCCACUUCAGCAUUGUAUAGAGGCAUACAGUUUGUAUGGAUUUGAUUCCAUCAGUCAAUUGCAUUUUCUCUGUGGUUUACCGGGAGGGAUAUAUUGUUAAAUGUUUCUCUAACCUUUUACAUAGUUGACAUAUAAUGGUAUAAAUAUGCCCUUGAUUUUUGUCCCAGAUCAGAUUUAAAAUGGCCGACUGGUGGCCAAAUUUGAUAAAAAAAUGGGAUACAAACCUACAUGUUGAGUUCCAAUGACCGAUUGUGUUGGUAUAUUGGUGAGACCUGUAGGGGGGGACUGUGGCACUUCCAGUUUUUCUGUAUUUUAUCGAAAUUGGCUGACUGGCGACUGUGCAUCUAAAAAAAAUACUUAUCUUUUACAAUUUUUGCUUAUAACUUAAGAAUGCAAUUACUAAGUUUAUUCAAACUCAGCACAGAGGCAAUGUAUUGUUUCACAAAGAUUAUAGUUGAUUUUUUUUCUGAGAUUCUAUUUCAAAUGGCCAACUGACACUAUGUUGUCUUGUAGUCCAAAACUGUUUGCAAAUAUGAUGAUGAAUUUUAUUUGGUGCCGAAUCAAUGAUUGAAUUCUCAAAGCAGGUGGUGGUUUUGCAGUAAAAUCAAAUUUUGUGGAAAUAAGCAACGUCUACACUACACUCAUUGUAUAUGUCACAUGUCAUCCCUGUGAAGACCAUCACCCCUCAAACUGUCACCAUUCUUGAUUAAUCAUGUUUAAUAUAUAUACAUAUUGUCACCACCAUAUUUUUCUGGACACCAAAACAAAGUUGCUGAUUACUGUCUGACCUUUAAAACAAAUUGAGACCUGAAGCUUAUAGACUCAAACACAUUGAAAAUAAAAUAGAUCAUCAAGAUGCAAUUGUGUUUUAAUUUUUUUUAUUCAAACAUAUCAAUUUCUAUAUAAUAAAUGGCAAAGUUAUCCAAACAAUAUGUUUGUACUGACACAUCAAGACACAGUUGCUUUUGUGUCAUUAAGCCGAUUGGCGCGCCCUUGUAAAAAUGGUUUGAACUAACUAGUUCUAAUGAUCUUUAGAUGCCCAUUGCAAACCAGUCAGCAACUCGGCUGGCAAUGUUGCUGUUUUUGUGUUCAUAAAAAAUAUGGUGUUGACAGUAAAUAAAUGAAAAAGCAAUGUCAAGAAUACAAAAAAAGUCCUGCAUGUUCCAUUAUUCCAUCUUAGAAUGGGUGGCAUUGGGGUGGUAUAUAUAUAUAUAUAUAUUUAUUUUAACACCAUGUAGAGUACCAGUGUCUUUACUUUAAGAGGCCAGUGUAAUAUGAUUUUAAAUGUCGGCGUUUUCAUAAUUUACUCCUUUUCUUAUUGAAUUUUGAAUAAUUGUCACGAGUAUCUUUAUGUUAUUAAAUUUUAAAUAAUU